AUGAAGCUUCUUGUUACCGGAGCGGCUGGCUACAUUGGCCAAGUCUUGUCGGAAGCGUUGCUAAAUGCCGGCCAUUCUGUCAUCUUGGCUGAUAUUGUCGAGCCUCUCCUUCCUCUCGACGCGAAAGAUGCCCAGAGCCGCGCGACUUGUGUUCAGGUCGACUUGUUUGAAGAUGCAGAGUCCGUCAUCAGCCAAGACUUGGAUGCCAUCUACAUCUUGCACGGCAUCAUGUCCGCGGGGAGCGAAGUCGACAUGGACCUCGGCUACCGCGUCAACUUGUACAGCGUGCUGAAGCUGCUGGAGGCGGUGCGAAGACUCUGCCCCGGCGUACGCGUGAUAUACACGUCGUCCAUUGCCGCAUACGGCUCUCCCCUGCCAGACCUGCCCUCUGAAAACACCGUGUGCACUCCCCAAACAAGCUACGGAACGCACAAGGUCAUGAUCGAGGCGGUGCUAAAUGACUACAACCGCCGCGGCUUCAUCACGGCGUUUGCCUUUCGGCUUGCCGGCAUAUCCGUCCGAAGUGGAAAGCCCACCCAGGCGGCGAGCAGCUGGAUGAGUGGCAUCAUCCGUGAGCCGCUCCAGGGGCUGGAGACGACCAUUCCAUGCGGAGACGACUUCAAGUGCUGGAUAUGCUCGCCGAGGACACUCGUCAAGAAUCUGACCCUUGCUCUGACCCUCCCCGCAGACUGCAUGCCUCCGCAUAUCCGGCAAGUCCUGCUCCCGGGGAUAACUGUCACAGUAAGGGAGAUGCUCCAGGCAUUGCGCAACGUUGGCGGUGAGGAGGCUGUCAAGCUGGUGCGGAGAGAAGAGCCCACCGCGGACAUAAAAGCCAUGUUGGAUAGUUGGCCGACACAGUUUGAUGAUUCAAAGGCCUUGCAGCUGGGAUUUGUGCCUGAUCAGCCUUUCCAAGACACCGUGCAGGACUUUGCGGAUAGCUUGAGGUGA